AAACUCCAGUAAGAAGUGCAUCAUGGAUAAGGAUCAUAGCGAGGAACAAUUGUUCCCAGACGACACUCAGCCACCGGAGCAGGAUGAAAUAAACGAGUGCCUAAAUAAACUCAAGAAGUUGUUCAUCGCCAUAGACGCCAUAGUGAAAUCCAUAAUGAUCACUCCAGAAGCCGGCAAAGAGACGCCGGAAAACUUGGAACUCACUCUCCAAACAUGCAAAGAUAGUGUUAUGACAAGGUUAGUCGAGUCUGUGAAGGAAUAUGAAGACUAUAUUCAGUCACUUAAAGAUGCUGAUUCGAAGGAGCCUACAGAAGAAGACGACUUUGAUCAACCAGAUUAAACAUUCGGUUUUAAGCGAAAAGUAUUAUUUAUACCUUAUACCGCAUUUAGGUUAAGAAAAUUAUACUUUUAUU